AUGUCGGAAGUUCAUAGACCCCAAUCCGGGGUCUACCAGUCAUACUCUCCAUUGCCAGAAGGGAAAUGGACUCGCAUUCUCAUCCUAGACCCAGGAGCUAGAGACGAUCCCAUAGAAUGUUCUCUCCACGUUGCCAAACUUGACACUGAAGUCUACGAUGCGAUAUCAUACGUCUGGGGUAACGGUGCAGAACGCCGCUCUAUUCAGUGUCAAGGUCAUCAAGUCGACGUCACCACCAACCUCUUCGAAGCUCUGCGCCAGAUCAGACACCCCCGUGAGCCAAAACACCUAUGGGCCGACGCCCUAUGUAUCAAUCAGUCAGACCUGGUAGAGAAGAGCUUCCACGUCAACAUGAUGGGCGAUAUAUACGCUCAUGCCCAGCAAGUCGUGGUUUGUCUUGGCGACGACGGCCAGAACGGCGAAGUCGCAAGUGUCGCUUUCAGCGUCAUACAAGAUUACAAUCGCAUUGCCGCCAAGUACCUAUCCGAUGACGUCCUCAACAGCAGAGAGUGGUGGAAACCAGACGAUGGUUACGGUCCUGUCACUGCUACGCGGCUUCAGAACGUUCUACCAUUAUUCAAGCAUCCCUGGUUUGAGCGGGUUUGGGUUCUUCAGGAGGUUGGGCUUGCGAAGAACGUGGUGUUUGCCUACGGCUCGUCAAUGAUGGACUUUGCUGAAGUCAUGGACUUCGUGCAGGCAUGGGCCCAGACCGGCAACUCUUUUCCAGGUGUCUAUUUCAGGUCAGGCCAUAUCUCGAACCUCUUCACAUACAUUUGGUCCUCAUACGUCAAGGAUGUCGAAGAUGCCUGGUUCAGAUCUUCCCGCAUACUCAAAGUCCUGUUCCAGCAGUCACUGAAACGUUCAAAACUUGAGUUUCUAGAUGUGCUCUUCAGGGCGAGACAUAUUCAAAAGGCUACAGACCUCAGGGACUUCGUUUACGCAUUCCUCGGGCACCCUCGUGCAAGGUCGGACGACGGCGAGCUCUUGGUCAAGGCAGACUACUCAAGAAAUCUGUCGCAACUGCGGCUCCAGUUGUUUUCCGGGCUGAGUCCCCAUUCAUUGCGAUUUCUUGGCCUGGUAUCUCACCGUCUCCUUGAGGAACUCGCGAGUGGGCCGUCGUGGUGCCCCCAAUUAGACGUCAGUCGAGCUUGGGCUAUCAAUGGCAGAUAUGAGGCGUGCCCGGGGGAGGACCCGACCUCAGAAGGCUGGCUAUCCCCCCGAGUUGAUGGGUCGAGCCUUAAGCUCUGUCUGUAUCUUAUAGACACUGUCGAUUUCUGCGGAGAGGUCGCCGCAAGGGAGCGAAGUAACAGUAAUCAGGCCACGAUCAGUACUGAGGAGUCUGGCCACCGCAUCGCAGAAUCAAUGCUCGUUCAACGCCCUAGUCUUGCAGAAACAUACUGGUCGGUCUUGGAGGAAUCAGAGAAAUGCCAUGGUCUGACUUAUCAAGACAAAGUGCUUGCUUUUGCGAGUACCCUUUUACACACGAAGGAGGAUGAGGAUGCUUUAUCUAUUGCUCACAGUUUUGCACAAUUCUGCCAAGAUUACUGUCCGUCCAUACAUUCCUAUCUCCGUGAUCACAACUGGCUGGAGCGAUGGGGCACGGGAGGAUCGCCGAAGCAUUAUAUACCGUUCCGACAGCGAGCGGCAAACAGCAUUCAAGGGGAGAGAUUCUUCACCUCGGCCAAAGGCUAUUGGUAA